UACAUUCAGACCUCCACUCCACUCCACUCCACUCUCCAAUCCCUGCUCACCAAUUCAUCGACCAUGGGCUCGAACGUGGUAACAAGUUCCGACAGCGCCGCCGCCGCCGAGGAGGCGGAGGCGUGUCUGUUCGCGAUGCAGCUGGCCAGCGCCUCUGUUCUGCCGAUGGUCCUGAAGACAGCGAUCGAGCUGGACCUGCUGGAGCUCAUCAAGAAAUCAGGAGGUCCGGGUGCAGGGGCCUUCGUGUCCCCGGCCGAGCUGGCGGCUCAGCUCCCGACCACCAACUCGGCGGCGCCUGUCAUGCUGGAUAGGAUCCUCCGCCUCCUCGCUAGCUACUCUAUUCUCGAGUGCAGCCUGAAGCGCCUCCCCGACGGCGGCGCCGAGCGGCUCUACGGCUUGGCGCCGGUCUGCAAGUUCCUGACCAAGAAUGAAGACGGAGUUUCUAUAGCCCCCCUUGUCCUCAUGAAUCAGGAUAAAGUCCUCAUGGAAAGCUGGUAUCAUCUGAAGGAUGCGGUGCUGGAGGGGGGAAUACCGUUCAACAAGGCGUACGGAAUGACGGCGUUCGAGUACCACGGAACGGACCCGAGAUUCAACAAGGUGUUCAACGAGGGGAUGUCGAACCACUCCACCAUUCUGAUGAAGAAGAUCCUGGAGUCCUACUCCGGAUUCGACGGCCUCCGUACGAUCGUCGAUGUCGGCGGUGGGACGGGCGCUACUCUCAACAUGAUCGUCGCCAAGCACCCCUCCAUUAAAGGCAUCAACUUCGACUUGCCCCACGUGGUCCAGGACGCCCCAUCUUAUCCAGGAGUGGAGCAUGUCGGUGGAGACAUGUUCGUCAGUGUGCCACAAGGAGGAGACGCCAUUUUCAUGAAGUGGAUAUGCCAUGACUGGAGCGACGAGCACUGCGAGAAAAUCCUGAAGAACUGCUACUCGGCGCUGCCGGAGAACGGAAAAGUGAUACUGGCGGAGUGCAUUCUGCCGGAGGCUCCCGACACCGGAAUGUCCACAAAGAACACCAUCCACGUGGACGUAGUCAUGCUCGCCCACAACCCCGGCGGUAAGGAGCGGACAGAAAUGGAGUUUCAGGCACUCGCCAAGGCCGCUGGCUUCAACCAAUUCUACAAAGUGUGCGAGGCUUACAAUUCUUGGAUCAUCGAAUUGUACAAAUAAAUAUAUCUAUAUAUAUUCAUCAAUCAUACAUGCACAAAAACAUAUACAUAAAAAAAAAAAAAAAAAGAAAAGAAAAA